AUGGCAAAGCACUCUGCCCAUGCUCAGAGGGGCGUUUGCUGGGGAGCGACAGAGACGCCCCGCCUCCUUCCCUUCGCCCCGCCUCCAAAACAGAAAGCGCCCUGUCCGAUCGAUGCACUCGGCGCUCUACUCGCCGCCUCCCGGCCGAGACUCUCGGCUCUCCCGCGUGGCGGCUCCAGCGGCUGUCGGCGACGCCGCGCGACUGCGCAGUAGGCGCCAAGAUGGCGGCGGCGCCGGGAGGACUGCAGGAGGAGGCGCUGAGGCGGAAGGAGCGGCUGAAGGCCCUGCGGGAGCGCACCGGCACCGCGGCCCGGCAGAAUAAGGACGAUGUUCCACCGGAAGCCAAGCAGUUUAGAGGCGACGCCGAAGAGGCAGAGGCGGCAAAGCACAAUGAGCUCAAGCUGCGGAAUUACACGCCGGAAGACGAGGAGCUCAAGGCACGAGUGGUGCCUCCAGCCAAGCCAGCCUCAGUGGAGGACAAGGUGAAGGACCAGCUGGAGGCCGCCAAGCCCGAACCCAUCAUCGAAGAAGUGGACCUGGCGAACCUUGCACCCAGGAAGCCCGACUGGGAUCUGAAGCGAGACGUUGCUAAGAAACUGGAGAAGCUUGAGAAGCGAACCCAAAGAGCCAUCGCAGAGCUGAUAAGAGAGAGGCUGAGAGGCCAGGAGGAGGACUUGGCAUCGGCCGUGGAUUCAGCGAAGCAAGACGGAAGCGAUUCGGACUGAGGCAGCCCCUCGAGGGCUCUCGGAGAGGCCGACUCCCACGACGACUUCUGAAGAAGCUUUUGUAGUUCUCUUCUGGGUGCUGGCCGCCCAAGCGAUCAACCACAUGUCUGGCGCGUGUCUAAGGGUUUUGGUUUCUCAGAAUCGGGGUGCUUGCGGGUGUUAAAAGCUGGUUUUUGGGGGAGGCCGGGCCACCAUCUUGGAGGUCUGGUCCGUGGCGAGAAACAGCCAAGGAGAACAAGGGGGUGGAAAGGAAAUGAAGGGGGAAACACAUCUGUCUUCAGAGCAGUGUUUGUCGCAGGACACCCUCUGAUCUAAUUCCGAUACACCAAAGAAACAGCGACGAAAUAGCCAAAAGGGCGAAAAGGGACUGCUGUGUAGAUACGGCGGAGGGUUGGAUCCAGAAGGUCCACUCUGCUUGCUUCGGAGCUUUCCUCCGGCACAAGCAUGCCCGUCUGUCCCUGAACCACACUUCUCCCACCGAACCAAGGUUCCUGGCACCGGAAGGCGGCUCUGCCGUUUGCACAGCAGAACCUGUGGAUCCGUCCCUUAAUCACCGGAGCCAUCCUGCGAAUAUUGCUGGUGUUCGGCAUCUCUCAGGAAUGGCAUACAAACAGUUUGCCCCUAGGGGUAAUAAAAUGACUGGCAGCGCCGUCCUUGGGAGAGCGAGACCCUUCCCACCCCAUUGAAGCUGGGGGGGGGGGGUCCAGUUCCGCUUAGAAACAGCACUGUGCGUGUUUCAAGCCGCCGAGUUCACCGACAGG